CGUUUUUCCAGGCUACUCAUUUUUCCCUGUUAGAACUCUGCUAUUUCCUUUCUAUCACUGGAAGGUGAGUGAAAACAUCAGCUGGAAUGUGAAAUUAGGGGGGGGGGGGACUUGACAGGUAUCCAACUGCUGUGAUGUUUGUAUUUCAGCCCGAGAAUAACAUCAUAGCAUUGAGAUUAUAAACAGUGAGUUUGGAACAUUUCUGGGAGCUUGCAGAGACAAACUCGCUGCAUUCCUAGCUCAGGCAAGCCAUGCAUUUGAUAAAUGUUCUGUAGAUUAUCAUGAAGGUGUUGGUGAAAAACAGAUCCUGUCUGGUUUUUGUCUCCUGCUUAGUGACACAGGUAAGGAGAUACAUUCUUCACACUUUCAUGUUACUAUGGCUUUAAGUAAUUAAUGGCUCUCUAUUACUAUUAAAAAAGAUCUGCAUAUUUUCUCAUAAUCGUUUAAGAGUUUUAUAAACAUGCUUCAACUUUAGAAUCCUGCCAGAAAUACUGUACGUAGUUACCAAUAAUCUGAAUGUGUCAUUUCAGAAUCAGGUGUGUAUUACGUUUUAAAUAACUCAAUGUAGAGAGGUUUUGAUGUUUGUCGCUUCUUUAAAUUUUGUUUAAAAAUUUAUAAUUCUGAGGUUUUUGUUUGGAGGUCAAUUCAUUAGCACAAUGUAGCAUCAAAGGAAUGUUAAAAUAUAUUGUCAAUGUACACAGAUCAUAUUUGAACUUGAGGCUGUAUUAACAACGUGAAAGAUACAGAGAUCAUGUUAACAUCAGCGCUGUGGAAUAUGUUGGUGCCAUAUAAAUAAUUGUAAGUGUAAUACUAAACAUACAAAAAGAUGCAUCUGUAGGAAUCUGAUACAGAUAUGUCUCCAAGAACUGAUGAGUAACAGCAUGGGUUUUGAGGAGGGAGACUUGUCACCAGACUCCAAAUCUCAGGGGCCUUGGGGUGCUCACCCAGUGACUACAUUUAGCUGGGGAAAUCUGAGUGGCAAUUGCUAGGCUAGAAACUGUUAAAGGAAAACUGUAUUUUUUUUUUUUUUAUCAUUCCUGAAAAUAAAAAGUGCAUGUAAUACAGGCCUGUUGCACAUUAUUUUUUAAAUUGAAGCGGCACUGUCACCGUUGAAGGCCGAAAUCGAAAAGUCCCCAAGUGGUGCCAUAGCAGCUGGUGGUCCGAUGAAUGCAUGGGGCAGGUAAGGGUGAGAUUACUUACCUGAACCUGUCCCUCGCAUGUGCUGCCAUCUUGGUCACGCUGCUCUCCUUCAGCUACUGGUGCUUCUUUUGACGGCUGCAGGUAAAAAAAAAACUCUGCCUCUUUGGUUGAGAUCAUGGAGAUCGAUUAUCUCAGCCAAUCCAAUGCUUCGAGAUCGAUUAUCUCAGCAAAUCCAAGUCACGCUGCUCUCCUUCAACUACUGGUGCUUCUGUUGACGGCUGCAGGUAAAAAAAAAACUCUGCCUCUUUGGUUGAGAUCAUCGAGAUCGAUUAUCUCAGCCAAUCCAAUCAUCGAGAUCGAUUAUCUCAGCCAAUCCAAUAGGAAAGCAAUGGGAGGCUUGUGCGCAUGCCCAAUCAGGUAGUCUCUCAACAUCCACUGCAGGGUUAAGAGAGGGGGACACGGCACCUAGAUCACUUUAUUGAGAUGAAGUGGUCUGGGUGACUAUAGAGUCCCUUUAAAUUAGCUCUUCACUUUUUGGGAUUGCACGAAUACUUUAGCAGAUAAUUGAUAAGAAUUUAUACACACCUAUUGCUGAUGUUAGCUUUAGAGCAGUCAGUCUCUAUAACCGCUGGCCUGUUAAUUCUCCUUCGUGACUGUUCCAUUAUUACUGUAAUAGUUAUUGGUGGGUGGCGUGGGUCCGUGAUGUCCCAUUUUGAUGUCAUGUUUCUGUUCUGUUAACACAGGGCAUGUCCUGGUUCUUAUUUUGGCUGAGCAUAGAUAGUAUCUGGUUUUGCAUUUGGUUUGAUGGUCAGUUCUUCUGCAUUAUAUUUUUGACAGUCAAUCUGAGCAAUAUAUGCUAUCAGACUAUUUUAGUACGUCCCAUAAACAUGAUGGUCACUAAUUAUUUUAUUGCAGUUUAUAUGAUGGCCAGAUGAUUGGCUUAGCGCUUGCGAUUAUCUUAUUUACAUAUAUUUUUCUAAAACACUAACAAAAUCUGAGAGAACUUAAAACAUAGACUACUAGGACACAAUGUUUCUCCCACUUAAAGGAUCACUAUAGUGCCAGGAAAACAUACUCGUUUUCCUGGCUCUAUAGGGUCCUUGGGUCCCUCUCGCCCUCUGGGUCCCCCCCCUCGCCGGGCUCUAGGGAGAGGAAGGGGUUAAUCCCUUACCUUUUUUCCAGCGCUGGGGACUCUCCUCUUCCUUUCCCGUCAUCGGCACUACGCGCGCAUUCAGCCAUUCUCAUAGGAAAGCAUUCUCAACGCUUUCCUAUGGACGCUGGCGUCUUCUCACUGUGAAAAUCACAGUGAGAAGCGCGGAAGCGCCUCUAGCCGCUGACAAUGAGACAGCCACUAGAGGCUGGAUUAACCCAUUUGUAAACAUAGCAGUUUAUCCUAGAGGGACCUGGCACCCAGACCACUUCAUUUAAAUUUUCGGUAUUUUGGCUAAAAUGUAAAAACAUACUUUGAAUUCCCAAAAACGACACUUUGAAUAAGAUAUUUUGUCAGAGGUUUAUUGUCUAAAAUGGGAAUUGUGAAUAAAAUUAGCAUUUUCCUUUUCCACAAUUCCCUCUUAGUGAAUAAAUCCCUAUAUUAUGAAAUGUUUAACACGCGGCUAUAAUUCUACGCACGUUAAAGAUAGGGUCCAUUUAAUUAUAGCAUAUACAUUUAUCACUUGUGAAUGUAACUUCUAUGGUAUCCAGCUUGUGGGUGGUUAUGAUACUGUGCAGAAAUACAAAUGUAGCAACUUUUUACAAUAUAGGGUAACUAUUUAAGGAGUGUUUAAAAAAAAUAAAUAAAUAAACACUCCAAACACCAUAACCAGUGCAGCCCGCUAUUCUGUCCCAGAAUAAUCUGUCAAAAUGUUUAGCAUGGUUUGACAUUUACCUGGUUCUGCUCAGCAUCUCAGCUGCUUCCGAUCUUCUUGAGCAGAAGAAACUGCAUGAUGAAGUAGGGUAGGUAUUCAUUAUUUGACUGAGCACUCUCAGCAAAUGAAUGAGCUGAAUGAAUUUAUUUCUGUAUUGGACUGUAGAUGUUAUGGUGUUUUGAGUGUUCCUUUGAUUGAUUUUUUUUUAGAUAUGUGCUCAGCUCUGUCGAACCCCUUGCUACUGCCCGUGGAUUCCACCAAGAUGUCCUGUUGGUGUUCCCCUCAUCAUGGACGGCUGUGGUUGCUGUAGAAUUUGUGCAAGAAGGCUUGGUGAAUCUUGCAACCAAAUCUACCCGUGUGAUCAGACGCAAGAACUGACCUGCGAUUUUUCGACAAGCAUGGACGGAAGAGACGGCACGUGUAAUUGUGAGCACAUACCUAUUGUACCUUCUUUUACAAAAUUAACCUCAGUCUCACUAGAACCCAGUCCAAUAUAACCGAAGAAAAAAUGCCAUCAAAUCAACGGUCACGCACACAAUUAUGGAAGAGAGAAUGAGUUGGUAGAAAACGCCAAAGCAAUUUCUUUGGCCAUAUUUAUCCCGUUACAUAAACAGUAAUGUCUGAGUGACAUUUACCUAUCCAUAUCUACACAAUACAUAUAUUCUAAGCAUUGGCAUUUAAAAUGGUGGACACAGGCAGAAUUCUCUCUGUCUUUCAGUUUGAAAACCAUUUCUAUUCCGGAGUACUCCAUAUUGUGUCUAGACAAUCCGAGUAAAAUUUUAUCAGUUUAGAAUGACAGAUAUUUGUUUUUUUUUUCUGCCUGGACUUUAACGAUCAAUAGCUCAGUCUGGGUAAAUAGAUAUUAUUGACAUGGGUUAUUCAUUGAUAUGCGUGGACACUGAAAUUCUUCAGCUAAUUUACUCAAGCUACGAGUCUUAUAAAAAAAGCCAUGUAUUUAGGAUCGGUGGCUUCUUUGACUCCUGACAUUCUAAAUUCGGAUUUCCGUGGGCCCUUAUUGGUUAGAUAUUCAGGGGCUCCUUAAAAGCACAAUUGAUACAUUUAAUUAAAUUAUGUCAUGAUCUUUAAUAAGACACAAAUCAUUAAUUAAAUCACCAAGAGAAAUAGAUAAACUUGAAAGGUUUGCAGGUAUAACCGUUAAACCCUCAGUUUUUCUCGAGUGUAGCGCUCCGUGUUGUUUUGAAGAAUAAAUUAGUAAAUAUAUAUAUAGUGCUUCUUUUGCACUUACCCUCUAUGUCACACUUGUAUUACAUAGGGAAAAGAAAGAAAGAAAUACAAAUAAUCGUGCAGUAUAUCAAAAUAAUUCCAGUGAUUUUGUGAGUUUUUUAAGUUUAAAUCCACUCACAUUUUUUAGAGCCUUUUACAGUUUUAAGGCUCUAAACUUCCUGGCGUCUGUGUCUUUUCCGGGUAGAACACACGACCCUUCUCUCACGAUAUGCACAUAUAUGUUUUCCUCCACAUUGGACAAAGAAAAGAUAGAUAAUCCAAUCUAGGUGUAGUAUUUUAAGUAUUGAUAAAAUCAAUAUAAAUAAAAUACAAUAUUGCUCACCUUAUUUAGAGCCCUUGGUACCUGGCUCUAAGUGUGUAGGCCUAGUGUCAAUUAGUGGGGUGACACUACCCCUUCUUGGAAUCACUUGAAUGGGAUGCAGUAAACUAUAUUUAAAUAAAUAGUAUAUUUAUUGCUUUAAGAAAUUAAAAUGUAUACAAACUUUAUAUAAAAUAACAAACAAAUAUAUAAAAAAGUUCCAAAUGGAAUAAAAGUGCCAAAACGCGUUUCACCGUCAAACGGCUUCCUCAGUCAGCUUCUGAAGCUGACUGAGGAAGCCGUUUGACGGUGAAACGCGUUUUGGCACUUUUAUUCCAUUCCAUUAAGCUGAAGUGGUCUGGGUGCCUAUAGUGGUCCUUUAAUGAAACAGCCAUGUCCUUCUGUCUCUGUAAAAUAGUAAUCUGGACAGACAUGCUCUCAGCUAUUGGUAAAACGUGCAGAGGCACUGUGUAUUAUAGGAGUAGGAACGAUGAACAUUAUAUAUCACAAUAUGCAAUGUAGGAACUAUUUGUUUUUCGCUGACCUUUGGACUCUAUAGCUAUUAAUUAAGCAUGUAAAUGUAUACUAUUACAGUUUGUUAAUUUAAGAUGAAUAUGUAUUUUCAGACAAUCAUGAUGGGAAUUGUGAACAUGAUGGGAAGGUGUACCAAGAUGGCGAAACCUUUCAGCCCAGCUGUAAAUUCCAGUGCAAAUGUCUGGAAGGGGGAGUUACAUGCACACCUCUCUGCAGUGAGGAUAUUCUCCUCCCAACGCCAGAGUGCCCCUCUCCGAAACGCGUUGGAAUCCCAGGGAAAUGCUGCCAGGAGUGGAUUUGCGAUGGACAACAGAACCGAAUUUCUAGUGUUCUGGUGAGAGGUAACCACUGUAUGGUACAUAACUUUAAGGGACAUAACUGGCAAAACAUUUUUUUUUUUUUAAUUUGUUCCUUUCAUUUAUAAUACAUAAAAAAAAAAUAAGAAAUUUAAAAAUGUUAAAUUAAAAAGUUCAAUGCUCUGCUCAGAGUGAGGCUGACAACCAGGGCCAGAUUAAGAGCCCAGUGGGCCUGGUGCUGACAAUUAUGACGGCCCUAAUUACAGAAUCAUAUCGACCAAAAACAGUAAAACACUCCCAGGUGUCAUGUAUCUGAUGGAGAAGGUGCUGGAGAGAAAGAAAACAGCAGCAAUAAGAAAACACAUACCCUAGGCUAAUCUCUCACUAAUUUAUGUUUUCAUCUUUCAAGUAAAUCCAUAACCCCUAACAGCAGUGUCCAGUCAAGCAGAAAGUCAAUGGGCACGGUAAAAGGGUGUGCCACUGACACAAAUCACGUAACCUGCCAAAAGGGGCGAACAUGCCCAAAAAGGGGGCAUGUCUGCCCAAAGAAUUAGAAGGCCAGCCUGGUAUGAAUGCAUGUCAGGUUGCCUGCCAAUCAUGCAGCUGGCCAACUAAGGGCAUACUAUGCAGACAGCACCCUGAGCUUGGCAUAAAUGCAUCUAAGGAUGCGCUCACUCUAAGGACUGUUCCCUAGCACUCGCUGGUCCACUUGUCUCCUUACCUUCUUACUAGCAGGCAGAAGCUCCUGGUAUAUGGUCUGGGACAGAGAAAAGCUGUAUGUAGUGAGUGUAGAAGAAAGGGAACAUGCCACAGUGUUAGAGAGACCAAAGUCAGCAUUACCUUAAAGGAUCAAUAUAGGGCCAGGAACACAAACAUUAAUUCAUGACCCUAUAGUGUUAACACCACCCCUGGGCCCCUCAUGCCUCCAUAAAUAUAGCAAAAUCUUACUAUAUUCAAGCCUGAAGCUGUAACUCUGAAUGCUGUUAGACUCAUAAAAACAAGCAGUCUACUGACAUCAUUAGAAGUGGUGGCCUGAUCCAAUCACAGUGCUUCCCCAUAGGAUUGGCUGAGACUGAAAAAGAGGCAGAUCAGGGUCAGAGCCAGCAUGAUUCAAACACAGCCCUGGUCAAUCAGCAUCUCCUUAUAGAGAUGAAUUGAAUUAAUGAAUCUCUAUGAGGAAAGUUCAGUGUCUGCAUGCAGAGGGAGGAGACACUGAAUGUGUGUAUGCAUUUUAGGCAGCCAUGACCCGGGAAGGAUCUCUAACAGCCAUCUAAGGAGUGGCCAGUGAAGUUAUCACUAGGCUGUAAUGUAAAGACUGCAUUUUCUCUGAAAAGACAGUGUUUAUAGCAAAAAGCCUGACAGAAAUGAUUCUACUCACCAGAACAAAUUCAAUAAGCUGUAGUUGUUCUGGUGACUAUAGUGUCCCUUUAACUAUAUUCAUUGUCAGCCAGUCCACACAAGUUUUGUUCCCAUACAUCCCUCUUAAGUUUCCAUACUUAAGAAAGAGUAUGUGAAAAGUAGUUAGGGUUGCCACCUUUCUUGGAAAAACAUACCGGCCUUACUAAUUUGCAUAAUUAAAUAGGUAUAGGUGACAUCACAUGAUGUAAAUCACAAGGAAUGACAUAAGAGAAAAUUCUGUAAAAUCACCAAAAAACUACUUAGUUUGAUUCUGCUGUAUAGAUGGAUUCCUCCCAGUGCCCCCAUGUCUCCCAGUGCCCCCAUGUGUCGAUUACUCCAGGUCUCAGUGUUCCUAUGUAUCAGUGUCUCAGUGCCCCAUGUCUCCCAGUGUCCCCUAGUGUCGUGUCCCCAGGUCUCCCAGUUAUCCUAUGUAUCACAGUGUCUCAAUGCCCCAUGUCUCCCUUUGUCCCCAUGUAUCCCAGGGUCCUCAUGUCACUAGGACACUAGGAAGACGGGGAGACCUGGGGACAUGGGGAGACCUUGGGACACGGAGACACCAGUGACACUGGGAGGCUAGGGGACUCUGGCAGGGAUACAUUGGGACAAUGGGAAAAUAGGGGACACUUGAAGACAUGGGGACACAGACACCAGGGACACAGACACUAGAGACACUGGCUGGGGGACAUGGGGACAUUGAGACAUGGGGGCACUGGGAGACAUUGUGACACUGAGACACCAGGGCCACAGACACUAGGGACACUAGCUUGGAGACAUGGGGACAUUGUGACACUUGAGGCACUGAGAGACAUGGAGGCACUAGGAGACAUGGGGACAGUGAGACACUGGCAGACUGGGGGCACUGGGAGACUAGGGGGCACUGAGACACCAGGGACACUGGCUGGGAGACAUGGGGACACUGUGCCCCCAUGUGUCUGUGUCAUAAUGUCUCCCAAUGUCCCUUAGUGUCUCAGUGUCCCCAUGUCUCCUUGCAGCCUUUCCCCCAUCCCUUACUUCCCUGAGCUGUAGGCUGUCUCUGCAGGGUGGGAGUUGCUGUCUGGACUCUCUGUAGCUGCUCCCCUGCAGAGCAGUGAGUAUAGAUAGGCAGGGAGGGAUAUGCUGGAACUUCCUAUCCUUGCCUGUCUCCACAUACAGCGACCCCUACUGGUCAGUGCUGGUAUUGCAGAGUAAUCUCUUGUUUAUACUGAGAAAAAUACCAGCAUUUGUAUUGCCAGUAUCACUGCAAUAUUGGCACCAGCCAGGCAGCCACAAAUACUGUGCCAAUAAAAUAAAAGCCACGUGGAAUCCCUAAGAGUAGUGUGUGGAAAAAAAAAUGUUAAAAAAAAAAAAAAAAAAAAAAUUUAAAUCAAUGGGCCUAUUCCAUGGGCCUAUUCCAUGGGCAUGGGCCUGGAGCUGCAGCUCCAUCAGCCCCUAUGUUAAUCCGGCCCUGCUGACAACAGCUACAGGCAAAUUCCUCCCAGACCAGGAAAAUUCUCAACCAAUAGCAAUCCUUUGUUUCAAGUUUAUGUAGAACUGCUCUGUGAAAUGAUAGCACGAUGGCUUAUCCACAGUGUGAUUCCCAGUAGACUUGGACAUUCAGAUUGGUCAGAAUUUCGACCGAUUCCGUGUCAUAUUGUCAACCUUCAACUCAAACUUCGACUGACAUUUAAAAAAAAAUAAUGAAAAUCCGAACUGUAUCAAUUUGGAAGAACUGAAAAAUGUUUGCCGUGCACAAGUUAUCAGCCUCUGUCACUUAACACCAACUUUGAAUCACUAAUUUAUAGUUUGAGAGUAAUUUUUUGUUUUUGUGAAAGGGGCACUAGAGGCACAUUUAUCUUUCAUUUUAGGACUUCCUUGGCAGUUUUCGCAUCAAUCUGAAAUAUAUCGAAACAAAAUGAAAUUUCCAAUCGAAAAAUUUCAAAAAAUCAGAACCAUAUCAAUUCAGAAGAUACCAAAAUUUUCACUAUGCACAAAUCUAAUUCACAGUUCUCACCAGAGAGGAUAGAUGUCCUUCCUAGAUGAGUAUGUGGCCAGGACAUUUCGCGCAUACAAUUUGGACGAAAAUGACACAUUAAUAGAAGUUAAAACUUCUCCUCUAUUGUGUCAGAACCAAGAUUUGGCUUACACUUACAGAGAUUUUUACAAAUUGUGCAAAGUUGUUAUGGUGCCUAAAGUGACGCUUCAACUCACUUGUAAUAGAACAAGUGUCACCUAACCUAUUUAAAUUGGUGGGUAACUAUACAGUAUACCAUCAAAAUGACAAAUCAACAGCUGUACUUACUGUAAUUAGUACUGAUGACCCCAAGUAAAACAUGAGAAAUGUAUUAUAAGGGCGUUGGACUAAAAUGACCCUAGCGUGUAGGCCUUAUUAUAUAAAACUAGGGUCUAAAGGGAUCACAUCUAGAAAUGAGCUGUGCUCAAAAUUGGAAUCUUUUAGAGACGAUUUUUUUUGUGAUUUUAAUCAAGGAUCCAGUGUUCCUGAAGGAUCGCCACGCAGCAGACCUUUCACAUGCACAGAAUGGAGUACAGAGUGGAGUGCGUGCUCAGUAAGUUGCGACAUGGGAGUUUCCAUGAGAGUUUCAAACAAGAAUUCACACUGUAGGCUUGAGAUGCAAAGUCGCCUGUGCAUAGUGAGACCCUGCAGAGGGAUUAUCUCCACUACAAACAUGGUAAGCAAAAUUAUACCCGCAUGUUUCUCUAAUAUUUACUGAAAAAUGCAGACGUUAGUCUUAUGUCGUUCCAUGAUAUUGAAUUUCUGCUUGAGUCAACAUUUGGUACAAAUUGCAACCAUUAUUUUAAUCAGGUUUUUUUUAAACUCUGUCUUAAGGACUUAGAUGGGUGUCUUAGAUGGGCAUUCCAUUUAUACAUUUUUUAAGGACUAAACAGAAGUGAUCAGCCUCAUGCCACCCAACAUUUCAAGUGCAGAAAGCGUUAAUGUUAAAUGGACACUCCAGCCACCUUAACAAAUUAAUUUAAAUUAAGUUGUCAUGGUGUUAGGAGGUGCACUUUUACCUUAAUUGGUUAAACCAUUCUCAAACUAUUUAAUUCCAAAGUUUGCCUCCAGCGCCGAUCUGCAGGUUCCCUAGACAGCAUCCGGUUUCCAGGUGCGGAGUACCGCCAGGCAGGGACACCGCUGAAUGGCUUUGAGUAGCUAGAUGACGCUCUAAGUCAAUCUGUAGCUCCCUAUUGAUAAAAAAGGUAUUUUUUUAAUAUUUUUUUUUUUUUUAUCAAGUGGAAGCUACCGAUUGGCUUAGAGCGUCAACUGACUGCUUUAAAAGACUUAAAGGACCACUAUAGGCACCAAGACCGCUUCAACUAGAGAAACUGCUAUGUUUACAUAGAGGGUUAAUCCAGCCUCUAGUGUUUAUCUCCCUGCUCUGGCGGCGCAUGCACAUUCGGGAGCUGACGUCGGCAGGGGAGGAGAGGUCACCAGUGCCGAGGCAGCCCGGGGCUGGAUUAAGGUAAGUGGCUGAAGGGGUUUUAACCCCUUCAGCCCAGCGGGAGGGGGGCCAUGAGGUAGGGGGGGACCUAAUAACCUUAUAGUGCCAGGAAAACGGGUUUGUUUUCCUGGCACUAUAGUAGUCCUUUAAGUCUUUAAAAAAAAUGUUCUAUGAGACAAAUGUAUGUGGAAUUACCAUAUUCCUGACCUAUAAAUGUAAAACGUAACAUAUUCCAACAAGUGUCUGUUCAACAUUAAGUUUCUAUUAAAUUAAACUGUUUUCCAUUUACAGCUGAAUUGUUGGCAGGGGCCCAAUCUAAAACAAUCAGUGUGGGAUUGAAUCACCUUGCUAAUCUUUGUAUUUUAAUAAAUAUCUCAGCUGGUGGGGAAUUUUUCAACUCUAAAUGUAGAUGGGGAAAAUAAUGUACAAGGAUUUAACAGUUUGCAUAUACACAAAUGUCAAAGCUUCUAAAUAUUGUAUGUAAAACAACAUACCAGAAACUUAGCUUGCAAUUCCAACGUGAAAUAUGUCAUGUAUUACUGUCUAUGUGGCGCCAAGAAUACAGCCCAAAAUAGACUGCGCAGAUAAAUCUGACUUCAUUGGUCGGGACUAAAAAAAAAAAUGACUCCCUGAAUAAUGUAGAUUGUAGAAUAUUACAUAUUCUAUGUUUCUAUUUAUAUUAGGUAUGGAUGUCUAACGGGUUAAAAAGAACAGAUGGUAAUUUAAUAUGCUGUACCAUGAGAAGUCUGGAAUGUGGGUGUAUAAUGAGAGGAUCGAGGGUCGAGGGUCUUCAUAUAUGUCCUUAUAUGGCCAAAGUUUUAGCUAAAGGUUCUGACAUCAUUAUAGUCAUGUGUAUAAGAGAACAGAGAAAAAGGAUCACGUUCUACUGUUCUGUUGUUCACCUGACUUUCUGGACAAAAGCACUUACUCUCCAUAGAAGAGCUCUCUCUGUAACAUCAUUAAAGGACCACUAUAGUGCCAGGAAAACAUACUCAUUUUCCUGGCACUAUAGUGCCCUGAGGGUGCCCCCACCCUCAGGGUCCCCCUCCCGCCCGUCUCUGGAAGGGGGAAAGGGGUUUAAACUUACCUUUUUCCAGCGCUGGGCAGAGAGCUCUCUGCCUCCUCUCCUCCUCCGAUCCGCCCCGUCGGCUGAAUGCGCACGCGCGGCAAGAGCUGCACGCGCAUUCAGCCGGUCACAUAGGAAAGCAUUCUCAAUGCUUUCCUAUGGACGCUUGCGUGCUCUCACUGUGAAAAUCACAAUGAGAAGCACGCAAGCGCCUCUAGCGGCUGUCAAUGAGACAGCUGCUAGAGGGAAUGGGGGAAGGCUUAACCCAUUCAUGUUUAUGAAAAAAUGGGUUAACCCUAGCUGGACCUGGCACCCAGACCACUUCAUUAAGCUGAAGUGGUCUGGGUGCCUAGAGUGGUCCUUUAAGCUGCACUGACUGUUACAUUAUUUUUUUCAUAUUUAUUGCUGUUUGCAUUGAGAGUAAAAUAAUCGUAUAUUUUUUACCAUGUACGUCAAAUUGUGUAUUAAUGCUUUUAAGGUAAUAUAGAAUUAUAUUACAGCGAGCCAUUAGAUAGUGGAAAAUGUAUUCAUACUUACUGUAUUUUCCUGGCUAAUCAUGGCAGCAUUUAAAUCAUGGGUUAGCUCCGCUCCUUACAGCCGAUAGGACAGGAAAAACACAAAAAGGCUUUAAAAGGAGGCUCCAUUCCUAAGGUCCUUAGUCAGUAACAAGCUCUACAAUCGAUACAUAGUAUAUGCUGCCAUGAAUAAUAGCCAUGAAAACAAAAUUACGGUAAGUAUGAAUACAUUUUUAACUUUCCUGGCUAAUGAUGGCAGCAUAUACAUCAUGGGAAUACCCAAGCUAACAAAGGGAGGGACAUUUUGUAAAGUAUGUUUAGGAUUGUAAGAGGAUCUCAAUGACCGUCUCAGGGAUACCUAUACUUAUAGAGACUCCUACAUCAACACCAAAACUUGAGGAUCUUGGUGUGUCAAGGGACCUUGUAGUAGGUCUGGAUGUACUGGAAUUUCCCUUGGAGGUUCCAGAUUAAUCUUACUCAUCAUAGGAAUUUAGAGUCGACGUGGCCGUCCACUGUCACCUUUUGAAUUACCUUUAGGAAAGUUGAAAACAGGAAAAAUAUGUAUAUCAGACUAAAAUGCCAAAUUUGAGUCAGCAUAUCCUGACCUUGAGCAUUUUGGUCCUAAAAUCUAGAAAAAUACUUCUGGCCCUGGUAGUUCCGAGAAAUGGCCAUCAGAUCCAGGUAGGUUAUCAGUCAAAUCUGAGUCAACCCUGAGGAUACGUCGGGACAUAGUUGCCAUUCCACCUUGUCCACAGUUACUCGGCUCAGGUAAUCAGCCAUUGUAUUCUGAGCCCCUGGUUGUUCUUCUGUGCCCAUCAUGGGCUGUAAUUCCCUCAUCAAUAAGUGGCAGUAAAGUCCAACCUUGACGAUUAAUAUGGGAUACGAUCGCAUUGAUAUUUGAGAAAAUUCGGACCCACUUGUUCUUCUGCAACCCUCUGAAGUAAAGAAGAGCUCUGAAAAUGACUUGUAAUUCCAUACAAUUGAAUGGUAAUAUUGUGCCUUCCCUUAUCUACAGACCUUGUGUAACAUGGUCAGAACAGAAUUGUGCAACUAAUCUUUGAAAACUGGAAUCCAAGCUUAUAAUUGACCAAUGAGGUUCUGUUCACUGGAAACCCAGAGAUAUAUUCUCUCUUUUCAGCUACCAGGUAAGGUGUAACUCCACUGAUAGUGAUAUUGGCUGGCUCCAUUUCAUCUUUCUCUUGUUUAACCAAAAUAGGAAGGACCUUUGAGGAAUCCUGAGAUGCCAUUGGGCCCAUCUAACAAGUUUGAUGGUAGAAGCCAGUAUUCCUAGUAGUUGCAUAUACUUUCUCGUUGUUACCAAGUGAGAAUGAAGCAACUGGAAGAGAAAACUUCCACAAUCUGUGGAACUGUUCCUGAGAUAGGGAAAAGGCAGAGCAUAGAAUUUUCCACCCAGAAAUUUCAACCUCUGAGCUGGUGUGAAACUGCUUUUCUUGAUAUUCAUCAAGCAGUCAAACUUCAGGAGUUCUGAAAGAACUAUGUCCCUCUUUGUGUCUGCCUUUUGUGGGUCUGAGGCAACCAGAAGUAGAUCAUCCAGAUAAUGGAACCAGGUGGUGUUCUGGACUCUCAAUAUCACUAUAAGCGCUUAUAAGGUUCUUGUGGCUGCAGUGAAGACAAAUGGUAGGGCACUAAAUUAGAAGUUCUCUUCUGAGAUAAUGCUGAAGAUCUAGGGCUAUUAGAAUGUGAUAGUAAGCAUCCUUGAGAUAUAUAGAGAUAAUUAAAUUAUCCUUCCAAAGUGCUUGAGAUAUGGAUCUGAUUGACUCCAUCCCGAAGACAUUCAGCCUUUUGUUGGCCCUUCUUAGGUCCAGAAUAGGCUUCCAUGUGAUUUUCUUUUAACACCAGAAAAGAGGCGAAUAUUGUCCCUGGAACCGCUCUUUUUAUGCGGGGAUAUUCAAGACACUGGACGUCCUCGAGCAAAGUGUGAGGACGUCCAAUGUCGUGUUGUGGAGUUAAAUGCUGUACAAAUCCAGGCUUUUAUACUGUGAUGCAUUUAAUCCGUGAUGUCUUUAAACUGUGGUACGUUAUGCAACUGUGCCUUACGCUGUGAUGACUUUUAUACUAUGACUGGUACGUCCGAGGUCGGGAAAGGGUUAAAGGCACCCCCUGUAUAAAGUCAUCAUAGUAUAAAAGUCAUCACAGCCUAAGGCACAGUUGCAUAAUGUACCACAGUUUAAAGACAUCACAGAUUAAAUGCAUCACAGUAUAAAAGCCUGGAUUUGUACAUCGUUUAACUCCACAACAUGACAUUGGAGGUCCUCACACUUUGCGCGAGGACAUCCAGUGUCUUGAAUAUCCCCGCAGGAAAACAUUGAUUCACUGUCUUCCUAUGAGGAAGGCCUAAUGAGCACUCGUAUUAGGUUCCCUCGUCGUCUUGAUAAUGCUAAAGGAGGAGAGUGAUCCAGUGCCGAGGGGCCUCAGUUUUGUAUUUAUAACUUUAUAUUAUUCUUUUAACUUCAAAUGCUAGAUCAAGAUAAGCCUGUCUGAAAAAGUAGCUGACUUUCUUUCUCAUUUAUCCCACCUUUAAGGCUAAUUUCUUGAUAGAAUUUGGAACGCUAAAUAUAUUUUUGGGUUUGAAGUGAUAUAGAAGAUUGCGACAUUGGUUUUAUUAAUAUUAUAUAUUUUUUUUUUUGAAGGGCAGUGCAGGAUGCACACCUACUGUCUUUUCUUCACAUCCAAUCAGAUUUGAGAUUCAAGACUGCAUCAGCGUCAAGACAUUCAAAGCCGCGUUCUGUGGUUCCUGCGGCGUGAGACAGUGUGUACCUUAUCAGACUUCAAAUGAACUGGUGGAUUUUCAAUGCAGGACUGGAAUAACCAGGAAAAUGAUGAUGUUUAUUCAUUCGUGUGUAUGUUAUUAGUGUAAGAAUAAGUACACCUGUUAUAACUGCAAAAACAAAGCCAGCCUUUUUAGUACGAAUUACAUUUAUUUGAAAUAAGAACUUGGAUAAAACCAUUAUAUGUUGUCUCGUGGUAAUGUUAAACAUCAAUUUAACAGAAGAAAAAAUUAUAUAACAAAAAACAAACAAAAAUGUGUGUUUCUCCGUUUUAAAAGUAAACGUAUCAUUUUAGAUAUGUUAAAAAUACCUCUGCUGGGUGAAGGUAUUUGAAUCAACUUCAACGAACGCCCCAUAUUUUUUAUUUCCACUGGAAAAAGAACAGCUUGUCUAUUGGGUAUUUUUUUAAUAGAAUUUUUAAAGAUCUAUUUAUGCAGCGUAGCUAAGCCUGAACAUUUUGCAAUAUUGUAUGCUGAUUGACACCAGCGUUAAAUAAACAUCUGAGUCAACUGUUAAAAAUGUCCAGCAAAUGCCAAGGGACACAAUAUGAUUAUAUUAAAUGACAGUCUUAUUGCAUAUAUUGUUCAAACUAAGUUAUUUGCGAUAUACCUAAACCUGGCUAUUUCUUAUAUAGUUCAAUUUUUUUCCAUAGCGCAGCCUGAAACUCUACUAUUACAUGUGUAAAAAGAGGAAAAGGACUGGGUGGACUUUCAGGAUGCCUGUUAUUAUCAAACUUAUUCAGAUUGUUUUCAGACACUCUCUAUAGCAGCGAUUGCCAAACUCUAUUUUUAAGUCUCACCAACAGUCCAGUAUUUAGAAAUUCCCCAUAUCAGUUCCUGUGGGUGUAUUGAUGAAACCUGAACUAUUGGGUGCCACUACUACUUAGAAAUAUUUCUCUCCACGUACUGCGGAAUUUGUAGAAAUACUUUGCAAGUUCUGCUCAUCCUUAGACUGAGACGUUUUGGCACUGUGACCAUUGUUUUAAACUGUUUACUUUAUGAAUAUUUUCACAUUAAGUAUCAAACUAUGCAUUUUAUUUUUUUAUAAAUCAUAUUAUGUAUGUAUUACAAAUAAAUGUUUUUAGUUACUGUUUUUUUGUUGACGUUAUCUAAUUCGUGUGCGCAGGUAAGCAUGGGGAGGGGAUAAUUUGCCGAGGGAAUCAGAGCGAUCCGUUCGAUGCAUAUUAUUGAUCAUGGUUUUGAUUUUAAAAUGAUCUUUCAGAUUUGACUGGUAGAUUGCUUCGUCAUAGGUGUUUUAGGCCAAAUUAUCUCAAAUUGAUGCACAUAUUUCUAUGCCCCAAAAUUUUUAA